AUGAAAUAGAAACUGCAGCAAAAUUACCCUAUAAUCACGCCCUCUUAUUUUAAUCAACAAUAAGAACUCAGAAAUACAGGACAAUAUCGCAAACUAUUACUCUUAACUGCACCGAAAAUAUUCCUACUAGAAAUGAGUUGAGCGUAGCACAACGUGCAAAUAAAAAGUAAACCAAACCGACAUUAUUGACGUUUGGCAAAGUGAAAGUGGUUCAAUAAAUAGGAAUAUCUUCCUGAAUGACCGACUAAUUAGCUAUAAAGCACAAUGUAAACGACAUACGUUUGGAAAUGCUUCCAGGAACCUUCUUUUUUUAUUGGUUACACGACGUUUUAAUUUUUGGAAAUUAAUCUCAUGUGAUACUAAAAAUUGUACAUUCGGUCGAAGUCCAUUCAUUCCGGAACUUCAGUUCACUUCUGCAGUUUAAUAUUAUUACACAACAAACUCUUGAUGUCAUCCGCGAUGUUUUGGUUUUAUCUCAGCUCGAUAUUUUUUUGCUUAACGUUUGUUCCAACAAUUGCUUUGAAUACUACACAUAUUUCUGAAGAUGGUACAACCAAUGUAACAAUUGGUGAGCCCCUGUAUAUUUACAUACAUAAAGGGGUCAAGUCUCAGACUCUAAAAGUUAAUGAUAUUAUCGUAGUGGAAAGCUUUCUCAUCUGUGAGGUGCACUGUGUUCGAGGGAAUUUGACCCUUUCUUUGUCUGAAGUACCUUUUGAGGAUGAAGCUGUUACAGGAAGAAAUCUUGGUGUAGUUACCAUUCUGAAACCAGAACAAAACACGGCUGAAUGGUUUCUCUUUACAAACAACUAUACUGGUGUUGCCUUGAUUUAUGUGAAGGCUCACUCACUAUAUGAUCCCUUACCUGGAGGUUGUAAUCAAGAAUUUAAUUUGGAAAUCGAUCCAAAUAUCAAAGUGACAUAUCCCAAGUUACUGACAAAUGUGGACUUCCAGUGGUCAAAUGGUCACUUCUCCCGAUCAAUGCUACCACCAAGCUGUGAAGAUAUGGUAAUGCAGACAAGUCUGCAUUAUUAUGUUUUCGUCUAUUUUAUGAAUGAAGUUCAAACAGAUGACUUGUCCACCCUGCAAGCUGUUACGAAAAUGCUUUCGGUUGAUGAUAUUUUUGAAACUGGAAGAUAUGUGAAGUUAAUACAUAACAACAACAUUGAGAAAUCAGAGCUGAAUCUGGUUUCUUAUCCUUGUGUCAGUGCUGUGGUGAAUCUCAUUGUUACACAAUCGGGAAAUGGCAUUCAGACAUCUGCAGCUUAUGUACCGACUGUCAUCAACCCGGAUUUGUUGCAAUGUGAGGAAAACAAAAAUGACGCCUUAACCAUUGUAAUUUCCUGUUUUACCAUCCUGCUAGGAUUCUUGUUGUGUUUCUUUGGACACAGGUAUUUUAAAACAGAAUUGUUUAUAUUUGGAGCGAUUGCUGGUUUCCUUAUUGCACACAUCACAGUCAGCGCUCUUUGGACACAUUCCUUGACAGUUGUGCUGAGUAUUGACAUCAUCUCGGCCUUUGUCGGCGGUGUGCUGUGGUUGCUGGUCUGGACCAGUCUUGGAAUUCCUGUCAUAUCGGUGCUUAUGGUUAGUCUUGUGGCUGGUUAUCUUGUGAGCUGCAUACUUUUCUUCACACCAUUUGGUAAUUUGAAAUACUGGGAAAAUGAUUUCAACUAUGGCAUGACUUUCGCUUCUGGAACCAUGUUGCUUCCUGUUAUAUUUUUGGCUUACACAAAAUUGUUGAAUAUCAUAUGCUGUGCUCUUGUCGGAUCCUAUGCGAUAGUGUUUUCAAUCGAUAUCCUCACAUAUGGCAUCAUUAGGUACAUAUUCCUGAACUCAUUCCACCACAUGAUCUAUGCCGACUUCAAUAAAGCACUGGUAGUAACACCAUUUCAGAAAAAUGAUAUCAUUCUUGCUGGGCUUUGGGUUGGUUUCUUCGUUGCCGGUGUUAUAUUCCAGUUGUACUCUGAAAAAGGAAGAGCUCCGUUUCCACCAGCCAAUAACGUUUUCUGUUGCCAAAAUGGAAAUGAACCCCACCGACCACGAGUUGGUAACGAACGUGAACCUCUCCUACCAGAUAAUCCUCCAAUCGGCAGAUAUGGAACAGUCGGAAGGGUUGUUCCCCCCAACCAACAACCAUAUCCGUCCUAUACUGUUAUUCCAGGUUUUACUACAUCAGCUCCAGCACCAAAAUGAGCUCUGAUAUGUCUGUUUGUCUUUCAGAAUCAUUUGUUUUCUAGUUAAUACCUUUUAGACUCUGUUGAUUGAAAUGCAUUUGAAAAGUGUCCUGUGUAAAACAGUGUUGUAUGUACUGUGAGUGUGUGUUUGUAAGUGUCUACAUGUGGAUGCAUAUGUCUGUAUACAUACACACACACACACCCAUGUAUAAGAAGAUAAUUUUAUAACUUUGUUAAACCAAAAGGCAAUUUUGUUAAACUGAAGAGCAAAAAUAAAAAUAGGACUGCAGCUGGAAGUGCUCAGGUGACACUGAGGUAAAAGGAGAAAUAAAUUGAAAGGUAUAAUGACUAAACAUUCCAAUCAGUUAAAACAACUUUGUAUCAUUCCCAAAUUAUCAUAAAUCGAAUAUAAAUAUAUAUUAAAAGAUCAGGGCACCCAAUGGUAAAAGCCAACAGUAUAAAAUAUGCAGAUAUACACAAAUAAAAGGUAAUAAAACCUAAAAGGGUUUUACGAGUGAAGUUGAAUGAAGAAAAAUAUAUGAAAUAAAUUCAUGCGUAAUAAAGAUGACUAGAAAUUUAAGGCAGUCAAGCUAAAAUAAUAUAAAUAUAUAAAAAUACAAGAGUAUAAAUAUAAAAAAUAAAGUGUAAGGAAACCAGAACAGAGUCCAUUGAUGCCCAACUCUACGAUCGUUUCAAAGGAUGCUGCUUCACAUUGUUCAUGUACAAUCCAUUAAGGAAAUCCAACAGUAACACCUUUUUAUCAGGUGAAAACUUCACAUUUCUCGUUAUUCCAUUAUUUGUGUAUAUGUGUAUAUUUUAUACUAUUGGGUUUUACCAAUGGGUGCCCUAUUAUUUCAAUAUAUAUUUAUAUUCGAUUUUUUAUAAUUUGGGAACGAUAUAAAGUUGUUUUGACCGAUUGGAGUGUUUAUUCAUUAUACCUUUCAAUUUAUAUAUAUAUGUAUAUAUACUUUAAAUAAUCAGAAGAUGGAGAAAAUUUUAGAUCAACAAACAAACAAAUUGGACCACAUCUGUAGAUUAUUUUCUAAUACUAAAAACAUGACAUAACAUUUCUGUGACAUGUUACAUCAUGUUUAUUAUUAAAAAAUAAUCUACAGAUGUGGUCCAAAUUGAUUGUCAUCAUUUAAAUUUGAUUCCUGAUAAACUUUUGUUUAUUCUGUUGUUACCUGUACCCUACGACCAUAGUGUGCCUGCAUACCCAGGCCCAGGGAUAGCAUAGGUAACUGAUACCAAUAGUAAAUACGGAUAUUUUAUUUCUUAGUCGGUCACUAUAACUGCUAAUUCUGUUUACCUUUGUGUAUAUAUAUAUAUAUAUAUAUAUAUCAUCAUCAUCAUCAUCAUCAUCAUCAUCGUUUAACGUCCGCUUUCCAUGCUAGCAUGGGUUGGACGAUUUGACUGAGGACUGGUGAAACCGGAUGGCAACACCAGGCUCCAGUCUGAUUUGGCAGAGUUUCUACAGCUGGAUGCCCUUCCUAACGCCAACCACUCAGAGAGUGUAGUGGGUGCUUUUACGUGUCACCCGCACGAAAACGGCCACGCUCGAA